AUGAAUUGUUAUAAGAAAGAAAUCACAAAAAAUUGGUUAUACCAAGAGGAUAAAUAUAUCGAAAAUGUAGUUGGUGCUUUUUAAGUAAUAAAAUUACAUGAAGAAAGACAAAUAUAAGCUGGGAAUGCUCGACAAAAGAUUACAGAGCAACUCCAGAAGUACAUCGAUGAAGAUCCAGAAGAUUUGCCUCCACAUUAAGCCGCUCAACAUGUUCUUUCCCUUGAUGAAUAACUCCUAGAUUAUCCAUGUUACAAGAAAGGCGGCAUCUUUGGAUCUGUAACACAAAGAUAAUGCUAGUUAUAAAAAACUACUCUUGGACAAUCUAAGAAAGGUAAUGUUAUUAUAAAAACCUUUGGUGCCAUCAAAUCCUUUAAUAUCCAGCAUCUUGAAGAUGCCCAUAAGGAUUUCAAAUGGGAUGUCAGUUAUCAAAAGUAUCCUGUGCGACUCAUCUUCGACUUUGUUAAACACAGUCCAGUAUGGAUAUACUUUAAAGAUGAUGAGGAAGUCCACAAGUAUUACGAUUAUUUCAAGUGCCAUAUUGCUAUGGCCUAGAUACAAAAAUUGCCAGUCAUUUUACAAGAGUCUACUUCACUUGUAAAAGAGAAUUACUAUUUAUUAUUUGCUCAGAAAAUAGAAACCUAUUCAAUUCAUGUCAUUUAAUAAAAGAAGAAGGCUGCUAAGUUAGGAAAAGAUGAAGCCAAAUUCUUAAUGGAAAUUGAUGUCAAAAUAAUUAGAAAUAUUUUAUAGAAGAAGUGGUUAAGUAACAGUGUUUAAAUGUUCAAAAGAGAGGAGAGAAUGAAUUAAUUGGCAGAUGAAGAGAGAAAGAAAUUAGAUUAAAUUAGAUAAGAAGAUGAAAAUAAAAAAAUGAAAUGGCGAUAAUUCCUAGGAUCCAAAUCAGUUCUCAAUGUCGAAUUAGCCGAAUGGUUAAGACCCAUGAUGGCAGAAUGGCUAGAGAAAAGUGAAGAAAUACAAAACACUAAAAAAGUUAGGGAAUUAGUGUUCACCAUACUUAUCAAAUCAAUCAAUAUUGCUGUGGACAUUAAUUUAAUUAAACCAACCAUAUUUGUUGAAUUAUAAUCAGUUGAAUAGGAUUCUAAAUUAACUAUGGAAGCCUAUUUAGGAUAACAAAAAACGGAUCAUUUUUAUAAUUGGUUAUUGAGGGAAUAAAAUUUUGAGAAUAAAAUCUUAUCAAAAUAAUAGGAGAGAAAACCAUGCUCAUUCAUUAUUUCAAAGAUCAGUAAUCAAGAUAUCUUUUAAAUCUAAUUUAAAGACAUGGUUAAUGCAUUCUAUGAUACAGCAACUAUUCCUUUCAAAAUUAUUGUCAAAGAAUUACUUCAAUAAUCAUAGCAGGGAAAAUCCAUGUGGAUACCCUUAAAAUUAGUCUAAACUAAUUCAUUGAAAACUGAAUCCAAGGAAGGCAUCAUUUAUGUAGAAAUUGAUAUACAUGUAAAACCAUCAAUUAUGAUGCAUAAUCCCUAAUCUUAUGAAGAAGAAUUAGAAUAUAUCGUUGAACAUAGUCUUGCAUUUUCUGAUCCUAUUUAUUUGAGCACCAUACAAAUCCCCAAAAUGAAUAAGGAUAUCAUGAAAUUUAUUCUCAUCACUUUAGAAGAAAGCAACAUUUGUAUGAAAUAGAGCAUGUAGAUGUUAAGCUACAUCCUAUUCUUAUAAUAAAAGAAUCCAGAAACUCUGAGCAAACAAAUGCAUUAAUUAUAAACGGUCUUUAUUAGGAAGGUUAUUUUGAAUUUGUGUCAUAAUUUUGGAUUAAUGGAAUAAUAGAUCAAGCAAUACGAGCUAGUCUCAUACCGCUUAGAAUCUAUGAAUUUCUAUAAUAUCAAGAAUCCCCAAGAACAAGAAUUAGUUAAUGGGCUCUUUUUAAUGGGGAUUCCCUAUUAUUUAAGAAACAAAUUAUGGUUUCAAUUAUUGUAGAUAUCUUUUGAACCCUUAAAGACAAUUUUGAGUUAAAACUACAAAGUCAGUCUUGAUAGAGAGGAUAGCAUGAAUGAAAGUGUUUCCCUAUAUUUCAAAUUAUCCCAACUUAAACUAAAUUUAAAAAAAACUCUCCUUUAAUAGAUUGACCUCUAUUUGAGACAAGAAGACAGUCGAAAAGGAUUUGGCAAUGAGCAAUUUUAUUAUCAAUUAAAGAAUCUUCUGAUUUGUUUCUUGUUGUAUCAAGGAAAUUAAGGAUUGAUCCCAAACAAUAUGUAUAUUCAUCAUCUAUUCACUUUUGCCAAAAAAAUGCUGGUCAUGUAAAUCUACUAUCAUGUCAGGUACAAUGAUUACACUGAAUUUGCUAAUGAAACUAAAUAGACUCCUUCUGAUUUAACAAAUGAAAGCAGAGCUUUCUGGCUAUUAGUUGGUUUUCACAAUUAGGUUCUGGCUGAUUAUCCAUUGUAUGAAGAUUAGACCUUAUAAAAUCGAUUAUUCCUAGAACAAUGUGCUAAAUUAAGAGUGUAUCUCAACAAAAAGCAUCCAGAUCUAUUUCACAAAAUGUUCUUAUAUGGGAUUGAAGUGGAGAACGAAUUAUAUGAAUUGUUCUUUAAUCUGUUUUCUGAUGUCCUACCAUCAGAAACUCUAUAUAGAGCCUGGGAUCUCAUCAUUUAUUAGUAACAGCAAUCAAUAAAAGCCACAUCCGAAAGAGGAAAUAUCAUCAUCUCCAUAACUGCAGCUCUGUUGUUAAGAGUUCAUAAGAAAAUAAAUAAUAUCUCAACUCACUUGGCCUUCUUGGCUGCAAUUAAAGUAGAAGCAAUGUUAAUUAAUGAUGUCACAGAAUUCUUUACAGAGGUGUUAUAAGUUCAAAAGGAUUUGAACUUAGCCGUUUAAAUUGAAUAUCAGGAAGAAGGACCACCAAAAUUGGAACCUUAAUUAGAAUAUAAAAUCAAGUCUGAUUAUAGAAUUUUUGAUUUCCUAGACGAAAAGUACCCAAAAGGUUCAUAAUAAAUGCAAGUAUAUUAAUAUUUAAAUUUUAUUGAUUUUUGA